AACAAAACAAAAAUCGCUAUCUAUGGCUAAGCAAGCAACCAGAAUACAAAUCCACUUAACAAAUAAUACGAAUACGCUAUUUAAAAAGUAAAAAAACUUAUGAUUUAUUUAUUUUUAGAUUGCUCUUUCAAAUAUUUUUGAUGAAUAGAUUGUAUUUUGCAGUAAUGGAGUACCGACGCUAGGAGACAGUAAUACGUUUAACUCAGCAGACCACUGCAGUACAACCGCAGCGGUCAACAAUGUAACGUUAAACAUUGACUUUCCGUUCAUGUGACGUGGAUCUGUUAGCCUACAGCCCAGACCUGCUAAGGAAAUCCGAUGUUGCUGUCCUCAGCAUGGCUUCAAACUCCAGCUUUGCUCCUCCAAAACUGUCCGACUUCAUCCUCACAGAGCGGCUGGGCAGUGGCACCUAUGCUACAGUCUACAAAGCCUACAGAAAGGGGGACAGUCGAGAGGUGGUGGCAGUGAAGGUGGUUGGGAAGAAGAGUCUAAACAGGGCGUCUACAGAAAACCUGCUCACAGAGAUUGAAAUCCUCAAGACGAUGCGUCACCCUCAUAUAGUCCAGCUAAAAGACUUUCAGUGGGAUGCUGAUAAUAUUUAUCUGAUCAUGGAGUGGUGUUCUGGUGGAGAUCUCUCCCGCUUCAUUCGCAGCCGCAGGAUUUUACCUGAGAGGGUGGCCCGGUGCUUCCUGCAACAGAUAGCCUGUGCCCUCCAGUUUCUUCAUGAGCGAAACAUCUCACACCUGGACUUGAAACCUCAGAACAUCCUGCUCAGUGGCUCUGUCCUUAAACUCGCAGAUUUUGGUUUCGCCCAGUACAUGUCGCCAUGGGAUGAGCAGAGUGUCCUAAGAGGUUCUCCUCUUUAUAUGGCUCCUGAGAUGGUGUGCCGACGCCAGUACGACUCCAGGGUGGAUCUCUGGUCAGUAGGAGUCAUUCUCUAUGAGGCACUGUUUGGGCGGGCACCAUUUGCAUCGAGAUCAUACGCUGAAUUGGAGGAGAAGAUCCGGAGUAACCAACCUAUUGAGCUCCCUCCUGGGGCCAGGGUAUCCAAGGACUGCAGAGACCUUCUGUUGCGGCUGCUAGAGAGAAAUCCAGAUGCCCGGAUCACCUUUGCAGAGUUUUUCACCCACCCUUUUGUAGAUAUGGAGCAUAUGCCGAGUGCAGAGAGCCUAGUGAAAGCGAAAGAGCUUGUCCUGCAGGCCGUUCAGAAGGACCAGGAAGGGGAGAGGUCCGCUGCUCUCUCUCUUUACUGCAGUGCCCUGGAGCACUUUGUCCCCUCUAUUCACUACGAGACAGACCGACAACGUAAAGAUGCCCUCAGGCAGAAGGUCAGCCAGUAUGUGUCCAGAGCCGAGGAGCUGAAAGCCCUGGUGGCCUCAGACAACAGACUGAGCUUUGAAGAGGCCCGGACGUCCAGGGAUGUCCUCCGAGAAAUGUCUCGAGACCAACCACGACUGCUGGCUGCUCUUGAAGUGGCUUCUGCUGCCAUUGCUAAGGAGGAGAGUGGAUUGGAUGAUCAUGAGGCCCUGGAUGUGUACCAACAGUGCUUAGGAGAACUACUCUUGGCACUAGCAGCCGAGCCCCAGGGUCGCAGGAGAGAGCUGCUCCACAGCGAGAUUAAAAGCCUCAUGACCAGAGCUGAAUACCUCAAAAAGCAUAUCAAGAUGCAGGAGAAUCAGCGGGACGUGUCUCUGGAUCGAGAACCUCUUGCGGACUCUGUCAGAAGCUCUUGCUGUUUGCAGUGAGCAUGACGGCCACCGUGGGAACUGGGCUGGGGACGCCCCACAGAGCAUCGGACUGCCUGUCAGUGUUCAGGUUGGACACAGAACCUGAACCUGACCAGGUUUCAGUCGGGGCCAAAUCAAACCUGCGCCACAUGUCCCAUUAACCGACUCCGAACGCUGUCCGGGUGGGAUAUUACAGUUGCCAGCCAAAUGUGGUCAAUGUUUGGGUUGUUGCUGGAAAGCUGAUGAUUUGGCAGUUUGAGAACUUGUGUUUAUACUUUUUGAGGUGAAAAAAAAAAAAGUCUAGCUGGUAAAAUAUUGAAAGUAGCUCUUGAAUUUUGCAUUUGCACGCUGGUGAAUGUGAAAGUUAGUUCCCCGCUCUUUACACGGUGUUGUUGUUGCACUGCUUAGCCUCAAAUCCCCUCCCCUUGACACACUAUUGAUAUGUAAAUGCUGGACCGCUUGUAUGACAAUACCACACUGUCAUGGUAAACGAGUUAAAGAGAAACUGUUGCAUUUAUUGUUGCGCAAAACGUUCAAACGGUAUUUGCUGCACACCUAAAAACUGUGAAAACCUGAAAAUACAAUCGGAUGGGAGCUGUGACAGUAAGAAGUAUCCCAUCGGUUCUGAACUGUAGUAUUUAGUAUAUUACAUCGAGGCCUCCGCAAACAUGCUCAUACUCCCUCACCCUCCCUUCCCCACUGCCUUUACUGUGGGUCAACCACAGGCUCACCAUGCUCUCUCCGCUGAUGGAGCCCUCUCCACCACUAUGAGGGGAAAACUGGAGAGGUGCGGCCUCUGCCUUAUUUACACUAGACUUGCAUUUUCUUAGGUUUGGCACUGGCCGAGUAUUUGAGGGAUAAAGUGAGUUAUAGCGCUCAAGCAAAACCUUCAUAACUAGGCCUCUGUGAAACGGUAAAAAGCUGGCAGUCGGUGGCAGUCGCUGUUGUAGGUCUUCACACACUGUUAUGAUUUUUAGACUGGUAAAGCACUUGAAUAUCCAAAAGGCAGCCUUACUUUGUGAAUCAAAUUUUUAAGGCAACAUGAGAAAAUACCUGAAACAGGAGAAAAGUAUAAAUAUUUCUGCUGGCGAGAUUUCCACACUGCUGUGUUGUUUUAUUUUUUUAUUUGAAUGUUUAUACAGGUGUGAUUUUUAUAUUGUAUGUAUUUAUUAAUUGAGAAAUUCAAUGGAAAAUAAAAUGGCAACCUCUGAAGCCUCUCUAGUCCA